AUGCUCCACGAAUUUUGGAUGUUGGCGCUAGCCAUAUCGCUUUGCUCAUCUGUACAUGCAUCGCCAACUGCUUUGAGAAAGGAAGCGAAUAGCGUCAGUCUUGCCAAACGUGCUACUUGCACUCCUGCGUCCGCAGUAAAUUCCGGUACCGACGACGUUCCAGCCAUCACUGCAGCCAUCAAAUCAUGUGGAAGUGGUGGUGUUAUUCAAAUUCCUGCUCGUGUACAGUAUGCAAUCAAUAGUGUCCUCGACUUCACUGGAUGUGCUGGAUGUACCUUCAAUAUCGAAGGUACACUGAAGGUCUCGGACGACUUGGAUUUCUGGGAGGGAAAACGAGCUAUCUUUUAUGUGAAUGGUAUCAACACAGCAACCAUUCAAUCCAUUACUGGAACGGGUGUCAUAGAUGGAAAUAGGCAAGCGGCAUACGAUUAUUUCGCCUUGAACUCUUCAUAUGCUCGCCCAACAUUGCAUUAUAUAACCGGCGCAUCUUCCAACAUCACCAUCAAGAGCCUUCGAGUCAAGAAUCCACCAAACGUUUUCUUCAGUGUCACUAGAGCAUCAACGAAUGUUGCAUACUCCGACUUAACCAUGACUGCAGCUUCAAAAUCGACAACUCUCCCAAAGAAUACGGACGGCUUCGACAUCGGCGACUGCACAUACGUUACACUGAAUGACAUCAAGAUCACCAACCGAGACGACUGCGUAGCCUUCAAACCCGGCGCAAACUACGUCACCGUCGACACAAUCUCCUGCACUGGCUCCCACGGAAUCUCCGUAGGAUCCCUCGGACACAAGCCGGCACGACCGAUUCCGUAA